CCAGGUAAUACAGCAGCAGUAAGAGAACCAAAAGGAUGCCAAGGUCUUUCCUGAUCAAAAAGAAACAAGGUCCGUGUGGAGCCUGGCAGUGGAAAGAACCGGAACAACAUGAGUGGAAAGAAGACGAGGCAGUCGACACUGAACAUGUUAAGCAAAAGAACCAGUGCAGUACCGACAGUAAACAGACGGUCACUGUCUCUCAGCCUGGAGCCAGUAUGGGACGUGAGACAGCAGCGAGGACGGAAAUGUCUUUACUAGGGUCCGGAGAAAGACCGAGGACUGAUGCCAGGCUGGACUGGUCCGCACUGAUGGUCCGAAGCUCCUUCUAUCAUUCCAGUGGACUGGCAACCAUCUCUAGAGCCAAGCCUCGUCCACGUAAUUCCCCAGGAUCGGCUGACUUUGUUUGCUCAGUGUGCCACAAGAUAUUUCCUCUGCAGCGAAUGUUGACUCGUCACCUGAAGUGUCACAGCCUGGUGAAGAGACACCCCUGUCGAUACUGUGGCAAAGGAUUCAACGACACGUUUGACCUCAAAAGGCAUAUGAGAACACACACAGGUAUUCGUCCUUACAAGUGUGAACUGUGUGAAAAAGCCUUCACGCAGCGAUGCUCCCUGGAGUCUCACAUGAGGAAAAUUCAUGGCGUUCUUCAACAGUACGCCUAUCGACAGAGACGUUCCAAGAUCUUCGUGUGUGAGGACUGCGGCUUCACAUCCGGCCGCCCUGAUGAAUACUUCCUCCAUGUGAGGCAGUGCCACCCGGGCAGCCCUGCCCUCCGCAGAUACUACCGCCGCCAGGCCCACGACGGCAGCAGCUUUCCAUCAGCAGACUGUAAACUCAACCCCUAUGUGCUGUACUCCAAUCCUUCAUACUACAUGUAGGACAUGUCAGGAUUCACAGUACCAUGUAAUAAAGCUGCAGCAAUACUGAAAAUAAAGAUAUACAUUUACAACAAGCUAUAUAUAUAUAUACAUAUAUAUACAUAUAUAUACAUAUAUAGUAUAUGUAACAUGGACUUUUUCUACAUUUUAUAUGCUUUAUAUGUUAUAUAUGAAAUAAAAAAAAAUCUUGUGCCUCUUAGGAAACGUAUCACAAGU